AUGCUCGAUUUUUCGCAAUUCGCCGCCGCGUUCCCAACCGACGGGCCCAAGCCCUACGACCAGAAUGGCGUCCGCGAAAUCGAGACCUUUCGCAAGUCUUUUGAUGGCGUUUUGUUCAUUGAUCGCGUGCUGAAGGCGCUCGGAGUGAGUGAAGGCAAGGCAUACCCUCCACGCGGCGACGCCGGCCUACGCGCUCUCCACCAACAAAUCUGCGACACCAAAGUCUCCGCCCACGCCAAGCUCUCCGUCUUCUACUACCUCCUCCUCGACUACGACGAAGUGCGCGGCGCCCGCUCCAACCUCGCCCAAUCCCUCGCCGAAGAAUCCGGCCUCACACCCAAUUACCAGCUCCUGAUGCGCGGCCUCUGGCACAUGGACCGCAAAGAAUUCAAGUUCGCCCUCGAGCACCUCGCACACCCGGCCCUGCCCCCCGAAUUCGCCGACGAUAUCAUCACCGUCCUCGUCCGGCACGCCAAAACCGCCACCGCAGCUCCCACCACCUCCUCCGUCUCCGACGAACCCGACUACAGCCUCCCCCUCGCCUACUACCACACCGCCCAACCCAUCCUCCAAACAGCCGAAGCCCUCGAACUCCUCUUCGGCGCCCUCGCCCGCACCAGCGUAGCCGAGGCGCUCUACUUCGCCCGCGGCUACCCAUCCCCCGCCGCACACCGCCAGCUCUUCGAGCGCCUCGUAGCCGCCGUGCUCGAGCAUCCAGACGCAGCCGGCACGCGGGGCAAGGAACUGGUUAGUUUACCGCUGACGGCUGCUGAGGAGAGGUGGUUUCAGGAGUAUGUUGCGACGGGCGAGGGUCGGCGGUCCAAGAAUGCGAGGGCUGUUGCGCAGAUGAGGCAGAUUGUGACGGGGCGGCAUCGGGGGCCGAUUCCUGCGGCUGUGGGGGGUGGUGCGAGGCGGUGA